CAGCGACAGUCAGCCGGCAGCAACCUCUGUGGUCUGAAUUUUCUGUCCUGGUUUGUUCCGGUGUGGGGCUGAGUGUCCGAGCACUAAGACGACGCUGGGAGGAAAUCCUUAAAGUGCCAGAAGGCUACUGGACGCCGUUCCCAACAGUGUAUCUGCUCACAGCAACGGGCAGAACCAUGGCAACAACUCCCGAUGCUGCUUUUGAGGCCCUCAUGAAUGGAGUGACCAGCUGGGAUCUCCCUAAAGAAUUCACUCCCAGUGAACUCCUUCUUAUUGGGGAGGCAGCCUUCCCAGUGAUGGUGAAUGACAAGGGCCAGGUGCUCAUUGCUGUUUCUUUCUAUGGCCAAGGCCGCCUGGUGGUCGUAUCCCAUGAGAGCUACCUGAUGCAUGCUGGCUUGGCUCCUUUUCUUCUCAAUGCAGUGAGCUGGCUCUGCCCCUCCCCAGGGACUCCCAUUGAAGUGCAUUCUUCCUUAGCAUCACUAGUUAACAUCCUACGUGGCUCUGGGAUAAAUGCCUUGGUUCAGCCUGAGCCUGGAGAGGCUCUGGGAGUUUAUUGCAUUGAUGCCUACAACGACACCUUGACCAAGAAGCUGGUCCAGUUUGUGAAGCGUGGUGGAGGCUUGCUCAUUGGAGGUCAGGCCUGGAAUUGGGCCAGUCAGCAUGGCAGUGACAAGGUGCUAUUCAGUUUCCCUGGGAACAAGGUGACAAGUGUGGCUGGAGUCUACUUCACAGAUGUCUAUGGAGAUAUAAACCGGUUCAAAGUCUCUAAGAAGAUACCCAAGAUCCCACUGUAUAUCAGGUGUUGGGAGGAGCUCAGACAUGACCAGGACCAGCUUCUGGAUGGAAUCUCUAUGUUGGAUGUCAGGACUGGGGGUGUCCCCUCACAGCUGUUGGUGCAUGGGUCCCUGGCCUUCCCUCUGGGGCUCGAUAACUCCUUCCUUAGCUGCUUCCUAGCAGCUGCUCACUAUGGCCGUGGUCGUGUGGUGUUGGCUGCACAUGAGGCCAUGCUCUGCGCUCCUAAGAUGGAACCCUUUUUGCUCAAUGCUAUACGCUGGUUGUCCAGAGGUCAGGAAGAUAAUAUUGGGGUGAACACACGUCUCAAGAAUCUGAAUUCCCUAUUGUUGAAGCAUGGCUUGAAAUGCAGUCUGGAGUCCCAUUUGACCGAUGAUAUGUGUGUCUACUGCUGUGCAGCUUAUAGUGACCAGGAGGCCAAGAAAAUACAGGAGUUUGUAGCAGAGGGUGGAGGGUUGCUCAUUGGUGGUCAGUCCUGGUGGUGGGCUUCCCAGAACCCAGGCAGCUCUGCUUUAGGUAGUUUCCCUGGGAAUGUCAUCCUCAAUACUUUUGGCCUCAGCAUUUUGCCUCGGACAGUCAGCCCAGGCUGUUUUCCUAUCCUUCAUAUAGAUAUAAGAAACUAUCACUUUCGAGGGGCUCUUUCUGAGUUCCAAGCUAUGUUGAACCACAAGGAGGGGAACUUGGAAAAGAGGUAUUCGGGAAAGUUGGGAGUAGAUGGAGCAGGCUUUCUCCAGAUUCCUGCACAGGGAGUUCCUGCUUACUUAUCUGUGCACCGGAUCCUGAGGAAGAUACUGCGACAGGCAGGCCUCCCAGCUGUGAGCAAGAGUAAUCCAGUGUCCAGUCACUCCUAUGAGGCUGCGAUACUCCAGCUAGCCACAGAGCUGGCACACUCUGGGAGUGAUUGCUCCCAGAUAGCACAUAACCUUAGCAGUCAGACCUGCUCCUCCAAUCUCUCCUCCUCAGAACACCCCAUUACCGUGGAGAUCAAUGGAACCAAUCCAGGUGACCGUGAUGUCUGGAUGAGCACUGGGCUCUACCUCCUGGAAGGACAAAGCACCGAGAUCUCUGUCUCUGAACCUGCUGCCUCUGCAGGUCUGAAGGUGCAGAUUGGAUGUCACACUGAUGACCUUACCUUUGCCAUAAAGCUGUUUCGAGCCCCUGUGGUAACUUACCAGUGCUGUAUGAACAGAACCCAACGGUCAGUCUCCUGCCUCUGGGGUGGUCUCCUGUACAUCAUUGUGCCCAAAGGCUGUCAACUGGGCCCUGUGUCUGUUACCAUCACGAAUGCAGUGCCUGCCCCAUACUACAAGCUAGGUAAGACAUCACUGGAGGAGUGGAAGAGCUGCAUCCAGAAGAACCUAGGCCCCUGGGGAGAGCUGGCCACAGACAAUGUCAUCCUGACAGUGCCAACUGCAAGCCUCAAGACUCUGGAGAAUCCAGAGCCUCUGCUCCAACUCUGGGAUGAGAUGAUGCAGGCUGUGGCCAGGCUGGCAAGCCAGCCCUUCCCUUUCCAAAGACCUGAGAGAAUUGUCGCUGAUGUGCAGCUCUCAGCCGGCUGGAUGCAUUCAGGAUACCCCAUCAUGUGCCACAUGGAGUCUGUGCAAGAGCUAGUCAGUUUGGCAAACAUAAGAAGUAAGGGCCUGUGGGGACCCAUCCAUGAGCUGGGCCACAAUCAGCAGUGCAGGGGUUGGGAGUUCCCCCCACAUACAACUGAGGCCACCUGCAAUCUCUGGUCAGUCUAUGUUCAUGAGACCGUCCUGGGGAUUCCCAGGGCUCAGGCCCACCCUCAACUGAAACCUGAAGAAAGAGAGAAGAGAAUUAAAGAACACCUUCAGAAGGGAGCACCCCUGCAAAACUGGAAUGUCUGGACAGCACUGGAGACAUAUCUGCAGCUCCAAGAGGUCUUUGGGUGGGAACCGUUCAUCACCCUCUUUGCUGAAUACCAAACCAUUUUUUACAUCCCUGAAGACAAUGAGUGCAAGAUGAACAUAUGGCUGAAGUUGUUCUCUGAAAAAGUGCAGAAGAACCUGGUUCCUUUCUUUGAAGCCUGGGGCUGGCCUAUCCAGAAGGAUGUGGCUGAAGACCUGGCCUGCUAUCCUUCCUGGGAGGAUCACCCCCUGAGGAUGUACAUGGGGAGCGAGUAGUAGGGGCCAUGGAGCCGGCUGGGGUGGGGAAAGGGCAUUGGGGUGGGGUGAAAUGGGUGAGAUAAGGCAUAGUACUAGCUUCACGGCCUUAACUAUUUUUCUCACUGUUUGACUUUAAAAUAUAUUUUGAAUGUCCCUUUCCACAUCCCAUCAGCACAUCCCAAUUUCAGGGACCAUUUCCUCAGAUACCACCAGUAUCCCCUGGCAGAUGCUUUGUACAUGAAAAACAUUAAGAAGAUACUUGCUACAUGAAAGGUCACUAAAGUCUCCUGACACAGAAGGAACAGUCAGUGCAUGUCCUAAGACCUGCAUACAGCGUUUUCUCUGAGUUCCAUGGAUAAUCUUCCACCAGCUAAUAUCUUCUUAUCAUAGAGGAGAAAAUGGCAUGGAUGUUAAACAACUUCUUUAGUCAAGACUGAGAAGAGAAAGUGUCAGAUUUCACAGAUGUCCAUAACAGCGAUAGAUUGUAGAUCUUAUCCUCAACAGAUUGAUAAUGUUAACCAAAAUUUGCCCAAGAGAUAGAUGAAGGUUUGUGCUCUUUAUUUGCUUUCCUAUGUUCAUUACUGAAUUUUGACUAAAUAUCAAAUUGAAUCUCUAAAUCUUUUUCGCAAUUAAUCUUCCCUUUACCUCAAGAUUCAUCUGCCUUGAGAGGAAACCAGCCUUGGAAAAAUAUUUAAACCAAGGAAGUUCAUUUCCCAAACUGGUGGCAUUCUUAAUUAUAAUUGGAGGGGGUGACUAGGGAGCUAAUUAAAGCUGGAAUUAAUGGGUUAUCUAAGAGACCAAACCAAGUCCUAACCUUGUACACACCACUUCUCUGUAGGAUGUAGAGCCCUGUGAUGGUGUCUUCUCAUUCCUGAGGAGAGACCCUGGCUCCGCCUCUUGUUUUUAUGCUUUUGGUAAAUUUUUCUGUGGCUGUAAUACCCACAGAUUAUGCUUGUAUACGUAAAAACAUUUUUUUCUGCUUACAAUUUUAUAGUUCUGUAUUUACAAAUCUUAUUUAGGAGAAAAUAUUGAAGAAUAGUGAUCUCAGACAAAGUCUGAAAAAGCAUGAGUGGGGGAGGAGUUAUGAAGUCCCAUCCCUAGUUAGAGAUCUGUUAGCAGUCUAUGGCUGCUGGGAGGAGAGUCGGCUUUCUUCAGCUUUGUGGUCCCUAAGAGGCUACCUAUGCCGUACACCAGCACACAUAUAGGCAGCACUAUGGGCUUUGAAAUGAACACAUGAAUUUAGGAGGGGAUAGAUAUGUGGGGAUAGGGGAUGAAUGAGGACAUGGGAAAUGGUUUUGAUCAAAGCACCUUAUAUACAUGUAUAGAAUUCUCAACUAAU